AUGAUAUGUGAGCAGUGUGAGAGAGAAUUUCAUGUCGGAUGUUUGAGAAAGAAAAUGAACAAUGAUUUAAGGGCAUUGCCCGAACAUAAAUGGUUCUGUGGUGCACAAUGCAAGAAAAUUCAUUCAACUCUUCAGACGUUUGUUGCCAAAGGCGAUUUGGAGCUUCCUGAAACUGUUGGGAAGAUUUUGAAGAAGAAAUUUAAGGGAAAAGCUUCGAAGCCGAGCCAAACUUAUUCUAAUAUGAAGUGGAGAAUCUUGAAACCAAAUUCAAAUUCUGAAGACAAUGGGGCAUUGCUUACUAGAGUCAAAACAAUCUUAGAGGAACAAUUUCCGGAACUUGCACUCAGAAAAGUCGAUGGCUCUCUUGACGAAAGGCUUAUUCAUACGAUGGUUUUCGGGGAAAAAAUAGACCGUCAUGACUUCUUUGGAAUGCAUUCCGCAGUAUUGAUGAUCAAGUCGGAAAUUGUGUGUGUUGGAAUAUUCCGAGUGUUUGGGGAGGAAGUCGCGGAACUCCCACUAGUUGCAACUGAGAAGGACAAUGAGAAGAAGGGGUACUGCAAGGCGCUUCUCUUAUGUAUGGAGGAUCUUUUAUCGACUCUACAAGUAAAAACCUUGAUUCUUCCAUCUGCCAGUUCUAUGAAAGCAAUGUGGAAAAGAAAAUUUUGGUUCAAGAAUCUCAAGAAAAAACAGCUGGAGAAAUACACAGACAAUUAUCAAAAAAUUAUGCCAUUUGAGGACACAAUAGUCCUUCACAAACUCAUCCACAAAUCUUGAACUUUCAAGGGGACUGAUAGCGUUGGGAAGGAGAGAAGGAAGGGAAUUUGCACCAUAGACUAUCAUGGACCAAAAAAGUUCUCUAGACAUGGUUGUAUAACAUUUGUGUAAAGCUUUUAUCGUCGACAUUAUUUAUUUGGGGUCUGAGUUUUCGAAAGGUGAUUGUCCUGUUGGAUAUUUGGGGAGUGAUUAGUGAGUUUUGUACAGUAUGAUUUUCUCUAUUUUGAAUUGUUUCACUUGAGGGAUUAGGGUUCGAUUCUUUUGGUAGGAUAGAGGUGUCAACUGGUGCCGUAUGGCGCCGGAGUU